AUGACCUCGCUUUGGAACCGGAAACGCGACCUAGUCUAUUUUGGGUUCUUCGCAAUCCACAUUCCUAUCAUCUUCUUGGUUGACGCCGUUCCCGUCCUCCCCGGUCUACUUGACAAUGCCGUCUCUCGCCAACUUCGUGAUUUUUACACUGCUACAUACCGGGAUAAGUUCUUUGAAGACUCUGUUCCAGCAUGGUUUACUUCCUACAUCUGGAUGGAGAUAUUGUAUCAUGUUCCGCUGAGUAUCUGGGCCCUCGGCGCCCUAUUGAGAGUCAUUCAUCACAUCCUUGACCUGUCUGUUCGAGGUUUGGUCGUGGGAGGACCGCACCGCCGCCGAAAAACAAAAUUUAACCGCGCUUUACGGCCCUUACGUUGCGCUUGGGGCGUUUAUGGCCUUAGAUAUGUUCGGGCGGAUUCGGUCGAGCCUCCUGAGGCUGGACAAGUCGAAACGGGAGUGAUCGUAUCGGCGUUUUCUCUUUAUCUUCCCCCGCGCAACAUCAUAGCUCCUGCUGAGCACUUGAGUACAAGGGCAAGCCAUACCGUGUGUGGAGCACGUAUGUCGGAUGUGGAAAAGAGGGACGCAUGCACUACAAUUAUUGCAUUGUUAUAUACACUUCAUUCACAUCUAGCCAUACUCUACAGUAACAUUGAUGACUGUGAGAUUACGAAUGAAUAA